AAAAAUGACAAGGAGGUUGAGGUUCAGGCAUUUGACCAUUGGUCAUUAGAUACCAAGCAAAAUGCUUGGUUUACCGUUUCUUCUUUCGAUGCAGUCUUUGAAACUUUAAACCCGAAACCUGAAUGGAUCAAAGUCUUUUCGGACAACGGAGGACAUUACCACAGCUUUGAAAUAAUGGCAGUGGUUUCUAAUUGGUAUCAAUGGUAUACCAUUGAGGUCAAGGAUUGGUACUUUUUUGAAGCUGGUGAAGCUAAAUCAUUGGUUGAUUCACAUCAUGCUGCAAUCUUACACGCGAUAGCCAGAUAUGUACGUGUAGGUCGUGAUCUCGAUAGCGGAAAAAAAAUUCAAGAAGCAAUUCAAGAUCUCGGGGGAACUCGGGUUGCACAUAUUGAGCCUCUUCGCGAUCAUGUGGUUGUUAAAACCAUAAAGGAGAUUACAAGCUUUUCCCAUUGGAAAUGGCCUAUAAAUGGGGAAAACGCAGGGUUUAUAUUAGCACGUGCCUUGCCCAAUAUUGGAGAGUGGAGAUUAUUUUCUCCUACGGAUGUUUCCAAAUUGACGGAAAAAAAAAUCAAAAAGCCAAAUCCUAACAUUUCUACUUAUACAAAACCUUCAAAGGAAUGGAUUGUGUCGAUUCUACAAGAAUCUG